AUGCAGCGCUUUGCGAGGCUUACGAGGUUACGGCCUACCUUCGAAGUUGCCAAACAUGCGGCGAACAUGAACACGAGUUCCCAGACAAUACAAGUCCAAAGGGUGCGCUUUCACCGACUAAGGCGCAGUGGAUUCAGCUCGGUCGUAAUCGAGGUCGUGGAUGAGGAUGAAGAUGAUCACGUCCAUUUCCACGACAGGCCGGGUGCUAGGACUCGCGGAGUGCCAGACGCAUCUGUCAUGGCUUUCAUCCCAUUCCCGUUCACGGAACAACAAGUACAGCCACCUCCUUACCGCAGAGGAACGCCGGAAUGGGCUGCAUUCGAAAAGAUCAGCAAAGAUCAGAAAUUGAAGACGAAAUUAAAGAAGGAUCUGGGAAAGCUCACGUUGGAUAUUUUGGGUUCUAACAGAGCCCUCGUGAACAAAUGGGGUCGACCCACGGGCUGGCAAGGGUGGCUCAAGAUCUCAUUCCCGUCCGCCCCGUCUCCUGAGUGGUUGCAACAAGGUUUGCUCAUUAAAAAUGACGGAAUCUCGUGGGGGGCGAAGCAGCCCGUCGAUCCCUAUGUGAUAAAUAUGCUCCACAAGGUUCUUUGGCCUGCUCCGCUGGCAUCGGCUGUGUGGCAGUAUACGAAGACCGUGGUGGGGCAGAGCUAUAGCAAGCUGGUUGGGAUUAGCAGUGAGCAGAUGACACCUUCGAGACCCGGGGGUGUCAUAAUAAUCGCGGGCGCGGACGAGAAGAGGUCUCAAGUAACUCUACCUGUUAAGAAGCAGAUUCCCGACUCGACCGCAGCGGGAACGCCCCCUGCGGAGCAAGGGAAAGAGGUUCCGAGCCAGCCAGUCAACCAAAACAACACUUCUCGAUCCACAAGCACCCGCAAAGAGACCGACUUCAUGUCCGAGAGCAGGAAGGCCUUAGGCCCUGUACAUUCCAAGAUCUUCGACCUCGCUCGCGCCCCCGCGGACUUGAUGCGGGAGUUGUCGCCAAGCGCGUGGGAUCAGCUCGUUUCCUCGGUCAGGAGCAUCUGGGCGAGGGGACGGCGCCAGCCACCGCGGGGCUGUGUCAAGAUGUACGGGUUGAUGCACGUGGAGACGACCAAGGCCUUUGUAAUGCUUGACGUGGUCGCGUUCUGGGAUACCAAGGUGGAAAAAUUUGACAGGCCGUCAAUGUACAUUGGUCUGAGGGAGGUGACGCACAAGGGGUCGCCUCGUAACUGA